CAUGUAUGCGUUGAAUGGUCUCGAAAAAUUGGGCUUAAACUUGAUAUUCAUCGUGUUGGUCAAGUUUGUGGUGAUUCGGUUACGGGAGUUUGGAAUACUAAAGAACAUAUUUCACUUAUUAUAAAAGGUGCACAAAUAAUGAAAAUUAUGCCGGAUUCAUAUGUUUCAAAUAUUGAUUGGAUCCCUGUUGACGUUGCUUCUCAAAGCAUCGUUGAUAUUUCUUUAAAUGCACCUUUUAAAAACAAUAAUGAUUAUAUUCGAGUUAAUCAUAUACUUAAUCCUAAAAGAAUUACAUGGAAUGAAUUCUUAACACAUUUACAAAAAUGUGGAUUAGAUUUCAAAAUUGUUUCGAAUAAAGAAUGGUUAAAUACAUUAUUAAAAACACCUGAAUAUCAAGAUGUGGAUAAAAAUCCAGUGGCAGCAUUAUCAGGAUUUUUUGAAAAAACAAUAAAUGGUUCUUCAAAUAGGAGUGAAGAACCAUUAUUUGAAACCCAUAAAUCAGUAAAUCGUUGUGAUACAAUAAUUGAUCAGAACUCAAAGAAUUUAUUGACGCAAUAG